CUUCAAUCAAGAUCUUAUCAUCCAAUCAGACUCUCUGCAAACUGGAUCUAAGCAAUGGGAGACGUUCAAACAUACGUUACCUAUUGGAAACAGCCAGAAGAUGGAUCGGGCCCAGACUCUGGCGAUUGGAAGCAGCUCAUUGUCGGUCACAAACAUCAGGGUGACCGCCGCGACAUUGUAGCUCACGAUGUCCGAGGGAAUGAGUCGACCUACUCUUUGGACAAACAUGGCUUCGAAAUCCACAAACUCCCCACCAAAGAAAGAGAUCAUCUAAACCAGGAAGAGGUUCAGAAAGAAUACUAUCAAGAGAUAAUUGAUCUGAUCAAGAAACAGACUGGAGGGAAAGAUGUGACAUGCUUUGGCAACAUCGUGCGCCAAUAUAAACGAGAUGCUCUGACGCCCGAGGAAUUCAUCCCCGGCCAAGUUCAAGGACCAUCACCGAGGGUCCAUGUCGAUGUGUCGCCAAUAGAUCCAGAGCGCUUGGUGGGCAACAUGAUGCCAGGAAAACUUGACGCCAUGACAAAAGGUAGUCGAUGGCAAUUUUUUAGUAUCUGGCGGCCGACCAAGAGUGUAUCUCGAGACCCUCUAGCAUACGCGGAUUCUGGCAGCGUUCCAAACUCGGACUAUUGCGAUAUCGUUGGUCCGAAGUACAACGGUACAAUCUUGAAGUGUGGUGACAAGCGAGAGCAUCGAUGGCACUAUUGCAGUAACAUGACACCCGAUGAGGUGGUUAUUGUUAAGCACCUUGACUCGAAGAGAGAUAUUCCGGCUUGGAGAUGUCCUCAUACUUCUAUUCCUCUACCUGGAACUGAGGACCUUCCGGCACGAGAAAGCAUUGAGGUCAGAGCUUUGGUACUAUUUGAUUGACGUAGCUAGCCCUUUUGGGUGGUGUGGUGAUAUGAUUGAGAAAACUAGUAGUCAGGAGUACUCCUGACUACCUGGCCUG